AAUUCAGUAACUUACUUGGGUGGAACCACAUAAACCUCAUCUUCAAUUCAUCAGUCAUCACACUGCAUCAUCCGCUCCGUCGUUUCUAUUCUCUUCCAAAAACGCACAGAAAUGGCGCUCAAUCUAACCAACACAUUCCUCCAAGGAAGACCCUGCCCCCCAGUCCUUCCUCCCAAGAAGGUUUGUGGUGGUGGUGGUGGGCUCGGGAAUUGCCGGCCUGUGGUGACGUGCAGGAAGAAGGAGAUACACCCGCAGUUCCACGAGGACGCGAAGGUGUACUGCAAAGGGGAGCUGGUGAUGACGACGGGUGGGACCCAGAAGGAGUACGUGGUGGACGUGUGGUCGGGCAACCACCCCUUCUACCUCGGAAACCGGUCGGGCAUGCUCGUCGACGACGACCAGGUAGAGAAGUUCAGGAAGAAGUACGGAGAGCUCACUCAGAUCAUGGAUAUCCCCGUGCUCAAGGGAGAGAUUAUUCUGCCCUCUAGGCGCAAAGCCGCAGCUGGUAAAGGGGGCAAGAAGAAGUAGAAAGAAGCUAUGCUUUGAUUGCUUCUUCCAUGUAAGCUUGUAGGUAAAUUUUACAAAUUGAAGCUUGAAAGUAUGUGUUUUUAUGAAAAUGGAGUAAAAUUCAAUUCCUAUUCUAUGCUUGUUAUGUUAAUAUCUGUCUUAUUUUACUAUUUACUUGCAUUGUGGAGUUGUGUAUUGAUGAGAAUAUAAUUCAUUGUUUUGGGGUCUCA